GUUUCUUCCUUUCUAACACCACCAUAUCUCCCUCCCUGUCGCCACCAUGGCGUUCAAUUUUGGCACGUCAACAGCCAAGCCGACUCUCAAUUUAUCUGGUCUCGGAGCCAACAACACCAACACCACCCAGAACAACCCCAAUACCAACAACACCACGUCUCUUUUUUCCCAAACAACUACACAACCUUCUAAUACCUCCACACUCGGCGCGUCCACCGCUGCCCCAUCCCAAGCACAAAUCGACAUUACACAUCUCCGGUCGACCACGAAAUUUGACCAAUUGACGCCCGAUCUACAAAAGGAAAUUGAAGCUGUCGACACUCUGAUUCUUAACCAGAUCAAGUUGGCGUCAGAAGUCUCGGAUCUCCUUCCCACUGUUAUUGGCGCUGGGCAAACAUUACCUGUGGGGGUGGACUUUGUCAAUCAGAAAUUAGAAGAAGUUGAAGCCGGUCUGGGCAAUGAUGCGGAAGCUAUUAUCGCAGCAAGAGACGGAGCCAUGAAGAAGGCCGAACUGGAAGCCAAAUGCGUGUUCCGGGUAGUGGACCGACUAAAGAUGCCGCGACAAUAUCAAGUCAGCCACACUCAAAACGAAAGCUUGAAUGGCACAAACAUCUAUGGCGCAUCUGGUCUCAGUGGGUGGUGGAACAAUCCUCAAACAUUGAGAGGUAGUGUUCGAGCUACACACACCAAAGGCGACACCAUUCAAUUGCCCGGAGAUGAUGCCGAAGAGGCUACGCAGGGACCCAAGAGUCUGAUUGAAUUGUUCAACACUCGUUCGGAAGAGAUGAGACAAUCCAUCAAAGAGAACCGAGAUUUACUGUCUGAAAUCGAGUACUAUGUCCAGGGACUGGAAGGAAAGGUCAUUGGCAAAGAACGAGAACUCAACGAACGAUUGAACUAUGGUGAUCGUACUGGGGCCACCUUUAACGAAAAGGACCAAAAGAUCCAGCAAUUGCGUUAUGUCUUUGGCGAAGUCCAACGGAGCUUGUACGACGUGGCCGACAGGGUUGGAGCUACUAGAGAAGCUGUGGCUGAAUUACCAUUGUCGAGGUCAUGAAAGGCAUGUUCUUGUGAUACUUGAAACAUCCAGAAGGCCAUCACAAAAGUUGACGAGCGACUGAUACUUGGACGAUUGUUGGCAACAAAUUAGAAUCGCAGGGCCAUCGACACCACCUAGGUUCUUAGAGACUAGGACAGGACGAGUCUGUGCAGGCAGCUUCGUCGAAGAAUACUUUCCUGUCAGGGUAUGGCUAAUAGACAAGUUGACAGCAAUGUCUCAGAAUCCUGAGAUUGUUCACGCGAUUCCAUGGUAUGAAGGUCUGCCAAGACAAGGAUGUUCACUCUACCUAGACCGUGGACAUUGAAACCAACGAGGGAUACCCACGAAUUACGGCCGGGUCGAUGGAAAACACGGGCGUUAAAGACUUGUUUGAAGGGCUGUGGUUUUGUGGAUGCUACAAGAGGAUGGAUGCAUUUCGCAUCUACACACAUUCCCGAGAUAAGAGAUGAGGAAAUGAGAAAAUGAAGCCGCACAUGAACACAAUACAUCAUCUCAGAAUGAUGAACGACACGUGUUUUUACGGCCACUCCAUUCCCCAGCAGCAGCAGCAGCAGAUGAAGGCAUCCACAUCCACUGCCACAACCACAACCCUCGAGACUUCACUCCCAGUCUUUAUCCCAUUUAUUUCGCCGCCUCUUUACUCUGUUUCUUGGCCUCAUCUUUCCUCCUCAACAACUCUGCCUCUUCAUCCUCGAUACUUUUAUCAAUCUUUGCACCACGCGAGGGUUCAUUGCCAUGCAUACGAGCCGGCAAAGUCGGAUCGAUUUCUCCUGCUUUGGUUUCCGCAUCCUUGACUUUUCCCGAUGAAUCAUCAUUGGUGGGAUCAGCGGCCGCAAGGCGGUUGGCGAUGGAUCGUUGAUCUUCUGCAAAAAAUGGAAAGAGAUGCGGUGGUUAGUGAUGGGGGCUUUGGAUAGAUAGGCAGAUAGAGAAAUUCAAUCAACAGAGAAUAAAAA